UGCCUACAUGCAGGUGCACAUUCAGAAUGAUGGGCCUGUGACCAUAGAACUGGAAUCCCCAGCUCCUGGCACUGCUACCUCUGAUCCAAAGCAGCUGUCAAAGCUUGAGAAACAGCAACAGAGGAAAGAAAAGACCAGAGCCAAGGGGCCCUCUGAAUCAAGCAAAGAACGAAAUGCCCCCCGAAAAGAAGACCGCAGUGCCAGCAGCGGUGCGGAGGGUGAUGUAUCCUCUGAACGGGAGCCCUAGCCACAGGAGACGGGAACUCAGGUAGGAGUUUCCUGCCUUACACCCCUUCCUCCUCACACAUUUUGGAAGAACAGUAAUGAAUUGAGGCUAGA